AUGAAUUCAUUCACGUCAUCUGGUACACCUAUUGAUAAUCAAGUAAAAUCCACUGAUCAACUUCGAAAACAUUUAAAUACAAUCAUUUCUCAAUGGUAUCUUAAUCAUCGUGUUGAAUAUAAUUUGAUAAAUGAUAGUACACUAGAAGAAAAUGUGGAUUAUAAGAUUGAAUUUAAAAAUACAAGCAAUGAUGAUCAAUUAGCAAUCAUUACAUGCGGCUGUGGAUCUAGAUUGACUUUAAGUUGA